UCUUGCCAUGACAACCAGCACAAACAGAAGGACAGCUUCCCCCCAGCCAGCUGUCAGCAGGGAUCGACUGGAAUGUUUCAGAAAAAUCUCAAAGGAGAUGUGAUGAGAUAUGGUCCAUAGCAACAAUGUUUGUUAAAUCCCAGUCAAGCAAAGCUAACAUCAUUCCUGUACUAAUGGGAAGCAGACAGAAGAAUAUCGCUUUCAUAGUGGAUUCCUCAGAGACUAUGAAUGCAAUGCUAGGGCCACUGAAAGACUUGCUCAUCCAGACUUUGCUAGCAAAGGCAUCACUCCAAGAUUCACUUUUCAACAUUAUCAGCUGCUCCUACAAGGUAACAAAAUGGAGGAGUCUCUCUGUUGCUUGCGCUCCUGAUACUGUGUUUGAGGCUCUUGGAUGGAUCCACUCCCUCAACACAUCUCCAGGCAGCGACCUUCUGACCGCUCUUGAGGCGGCGUUCUCGGAGCCCCACUGCCAGGCUGUCCACUUGUUGACCAGUACUUUGCCUGAUCACCCAGAAAGUUUCCUGAGAAGCCUGCACACCAUGAUACUACGCCCAGUUCACGUGUUCUUCCUGUCCCGGAACAGUCAGCUGGAUGAUAGAACUUUGGACUUCAUGCAGUGUUUCACUUCUGCCACUGGAGGGAGCUGCCAUCUUCUCUUGCUGGGCUUGAAUGGCUCCAUAGACAAGGUGUCGACAUUGUAUGCUGUCAACGGUGCCACAACCGAUAUCAGGGGGUCUGCGGAAGGUUGCUGUGGUUUGGGGAGACCUUUGGCAACAGUCAUGAAUUCUGUGCCAUGCUCAGCUCAUAUGAUUCGGCAGGGAAAUCCCUUGGGUCCCAUAAUAACUUGCGGGUCAGAGAAUAUUACAGGGUGCGCCCAGUUUUACACUGGUUGCCGUGUCCUGGCCAGGAGGGAGACAGAUGGACUAUACUAUCUGGGAACCAUAAAAGAACAAAUCCUGAACCAGAGGGGAAUAUUCCUGGUGGAGUUUGACAAUCAGAACCCCAAGGACCCCCCUGACUCAACUGCAGCGUGUCAGUUGGUAUGUCCACCUGACCUGGUGCACCACACCCGUGCCCAUGCCCACGGCCUGGUGCCAGGGGACACUGUUCUGGCUCCGUGGGGCCCACAGCUGUGGAGGUAUGGCCCUGGAAGAGUCUUGGCAGGUGCCGAACCCAGGGACCCCGUCAGAGUCGUCAUGGGGAGCGCUCUCAGGGUUAUCUUCUGGAAUGGAGUCGAGGCGACUGUCCCUCCUGAGCUGGCUGUGUGGAUCCCAGCCUCCCAGCACGAGCACAUUGUGAGGGAGCUCCAGCAGCUGCUGCCGACCCAGUGCCUCCACACCACAACCACUUACAGCUGUCCUCCUGCUCUGAGGCCAUGCUGCGUCUGCUCCACGAGCUGCUGCCACGCGCCAUGCCUGUGCCAACGCCACUACUCAGCGAUGCCACUUCGGUCCCUCUGUCUGCCAACAACUCGCCACCUCCACACACACGAGGAGAGGAGUCAGAGGGAGCAACUCGAGAGAAAGGUUGACCUUCAGCUGCAGGACCUCCAGACUAGUCGGCCAACCCCCACCAGAACGCCGUUAUUAUCGCCCUACUCUAGUGGCGAGGAUUACAAAGACGAGGAAGGAGACGGAAGGUAUGAAUCCCCAGCGCUGGAGAUGGUGAGCCAGGCGGUGAACACGGACCUGUCCUUCCUGGGGAGAACCAGGGAAGAGCCCCAGGGCAAACCCAGCUGGAAGUACUGGAGAAGGAGUCCUGCUGAACCUAAUCACAAGAAACCCGGGAAACAUCUGGGAAACAUCUGGCCUGUAAACAUCACUUCACCUGAGCUUCAGAUGAGCCGGCGUGUAAAUCAGAGCUCUGUUUUUAAGAAGAUCCCUGGGUCAGCAGGGAGAAAGGCCACCAUUCAGGAGAUAUUUAGCUUUACUGAACCUAAACUGCAUCAGACAUGUUAAAAGCCGAAAAAACUACGAA